UCUCGCCCCCUCCGUGGACUCGCUCCGGCUUCCUGCUCCACCUCCCCGGCUCCACGCGAGAGCCUCCCCCCGGCGGCCGGGCGCCCCCGCUGCGGCCUCCCUGCGGCCCCGGGAGGGGCUCGCUCGCCCCAGCCAGGCGGGGCGCCGGGGGACGCGACACGCUGCCGCACGGAGGCGCCGCGGGAGGGAGGGAGGCGGCGGCGAUCCGGCCCCCAUGAGCGGGGCGGCGCUGGUGGGCUACAGCAGCAGCAGCGGCGGCUCGGAGGAUGAGUCCGGCGGCUCCCCGCGAGCUGCGGCGGGGCGAGAGGAGGGGGCGGGGGGCGGCUCGGCGCGGGGGGCGGCGACCCACGGAGCCGGCCCCGCCCAGACCAGCAUGCCGAUUCCUCGCCUCCCUCUGCCGGACAGUGUCUUAAACAUGUUCAGAGACCAGGAAGAGGAGGUCACGGAUGACAGCUCCAAGCACGACGGACGAGUGCGCAACUUCCCCCAUGAGCGGGGCAACUGGGCAACUUAUGUCUACCUGCCCUGUGAAAUCCAGGAGGAAUUGCUGGAGCUGCGGGAGCUCCUCGUUUCCCACGCCCGCAGGUACACGGUGUCGCUCACUGCCAUGGAGGAAUUCCACGUCAGCCUCUCCCAGAGCGUGGUGCUGCGGUACCACUGGAUAAACCCCUUGGUCCAGUCCCUCAAGGAACACGUAGCCUCCUUCUACAGGUUCUUCUGUACGGCCAGCCAGGUUAAGGUGUAUACCAACCAGCGCAAAACCAGGACCUUUGUGGGCUUGGAGGUCUCGUGUGGGCAUUCUCAGUUGCUGGAGCUGGUCUCGGAGGUGGAUAAAGUUAUGGAGGAGUUUGAUCUCCCAACGUUCUACAAGAACCCAUCAUUCCAUAUCAGCCUGGCCUGGUGUGUCGGGGACCUGACUGACAAGCUGGAAGGGCAGUGCCUCCAGGAGCUUCAGGAGAUUGUGGAUGGGUUUGAGGACUCCACGUUCCUGCUGCGAUUCCAGUGGGAUCAGAUCCGCUGCAGAUCUGGGAACAAGUUCUUCUCCUUCCCUUUGAGGUAGGAGACGGAAAGCCACGCACUCCAGCAGCUCCAACGCCUCCGCUAACUGUUGGACAGUUUGGAGUUUCACAUGUAUGCCGAGUUGCUGUUCUCAGCUCAUCAGCCUAGGGAGGUUUGUAGCCUCAAGCCAGGCUGCUUUUGUUUGAAGCCGCUGGCCCUAGAUGUGUGUAUAUGUGAGGCUGUUAGGUUAUUGUGCUUUGUAGACUGCCAUCAACAUAGGCAGUUCUAGGCUACCUGUGGUUGCCAGAUGUGCUGAUGUUUUAAGCUGUAGUUGCCUUCUAGUGCAGAGGUGAGGGAGGUUGCUAAGGGGGGAGUGUUACACAGCUGGAAAUUGCACUGCAUUGCUAAGGGGAUCUAGAGCAUAGUUACUGUCCUGAGCUCUGAGUCCUUAGCUAUUAACUGCAAGAUCCAGGUGUGCAGAGUUAGGUCCUUCUCUCUGCUUACAGCUGCCUGGGGACAAGUCCCCUUAUGAGGCUCCUCCUCCCCGAUGCCUUUAUUGCCACGCUGGAGAAAUUGAGCAUCAAAUCCUCAGUCCUUGCAAGUCCAGGUGGGAUUAAAUCUGGCAAAGCGGAGGAAGGCCCUUGACUUUCAGGGCUAAGCAGCCUAACUCUAGUUUGGGACUAGUGGAAAGUGUUCAGUUUAAACGGAUCCACAGAGAGACUUUGUGGAGGAGAAGAGCAGCAGGGCCCUGAUUUUUAAGAGAAUUUUAAAAGGCACAGGGCAGGUUUUUAUCUUAAAUAGGAGGCUUGUCAUACUGCCACAGGCCCAAAAGAGGGCAGUGUUGGUUUUCCCAAGUGAACUGGCUAGCAAUAAGGGUAUUUGGCAGCCCUCUGAUCAUACCCAAGUUCAGAAUUACCUGCUGUUGUUUAGCUUAAUUUGGGCAAGCCAAGAACAUCAGUCUCCAGGGCGGGGCGCACCUUGCACCACGACUAACUCCACUUUCAAAUGAAUCAAGCCAACUGGGUCCUGUAAUGACAGCCCUGGACUGUGAACUGAACUUCAGCCCCUGAAGAGAUCCUGUGCAGACUUACUUUCCUGCCCUUGACAGGUGCUUUGGCCUCUCAGGCAUUCUGGAGAGGGCAGGCAAGUGCUGCCCGGUAUCCAUCGUUCCAUAGUUGUCUUCCAGAAGAACCUGAGGCUUUUGUUUCGUUUCAAACCCUGGAUUCUAGUUGCCACAAAGUUGUUUUCCUGGUAUAUUCUGGACCUGUAGGGCCUGAUUCUCAGAAGUGCUCCCCUUGACUUCAAAGGAAAUUGUGGGUAUUGAGUGCUUCUGAGAAUCAGCCCCUCCGUGGCCCUUCCCUCCAGUGAGAUAGUAGGGGGGGGGUGUCACAGGCCAACGUGGCUUCGAAAGAGACCAAUGUCACAGGGGAUUCAUUGCCAUUUAAAAUCGUGUUAAGAAGUCCUUUAUGUUUAUCAGCUUCUUAUCUGCAAUAUUUGCUUUAAAACAUUCUUAAUGGUUUCCCUGGAUGGGUUUGUAGAGGCCAGGAGAUGAAAUUCACUGUUUAAAAUUUUGUAUUAAAUAUAUACAUAAAUAAAACCUUCUAUUUCUGCCUCUGG